CAUCUUUGGUUAGAAUCAUGUGAUAAUAAUGUCCAGUUGUGGAGUGCUAUUUGUUUGCUUGUAUGUUUUAAGUGUUUGUUCGCAAUGCUCGUCUGUUGAGAAUAUUGAAUGUCGGAAGAUUAAUGGGUGCAAAUGUGUGUUGCCAGAUGGCAUACGUAUAGAUCUGACUCAGCUGAAUGAUGAAGCGAAGUGGUUAAAUGCUACACUGAGAGAAGUGUCAUUCUUUUUCCAUCCUUGCUCAAAUGUUCCAUAUGGCCAUCACACAGGUAGUGAUGAUUGCUCAUCAGGAAGUUCUCUUUGUUUGUUCAACAAAACAAGCAAUACAUUUCAAAACCUUGGAACUACUGAAGACAACAGAUUUUUAUUUGGUAAUUUAAAAGAUUCUCCUGUCAUCCUUUAUAAACAUGGAAACAUCACAACUGGAAUUCUUUUACAGUGUGUAUACAGGACACGGACUUCAUUCACUGUUAUAGGUGUUCCGGAUGAGGAAGUUACACAUAAAUUGAGGCUUGAAAGUAAAUGGGCAUGUCCAGCCUUUGAACUAAGAACAGAUAAAACUAUUUCACAGAACUCUGAUGAGGGUUUGUCUACAGGCUCUGUAUUAGUCAUCAUUUUCUUUGUCUUCACUAUAUUAUAUUUUGUUGGAGGGGCAGUUGCUUUAAGGUUACUUCGGGGAGCUGAAGGAAGAGAAUUGAUUCCUAAUUAUGACUUCUGGGUCGAUUUGCCAAAUCUAGUGAGAGAUGGAAUGACAUUUGUAUUAAGUGGAUGCCAGACUACUCCCAGCUAUGAUCGGAUUUGAAUCUCAACACGUCUUUUGUAUGUAGCUCUGAGAGUGAGAUAUAUUUUUAUUUGUAAGCCUAAAGAGUAGAGUGAGAUAUCCAGAUCUACAUGUUUUGUAUUUUUAUCUUCCAGUGUACUGAAUAUAUCGUGUGCAGUUCAAUUUUGUGUGUACCAUUACACUAACUGUAAAAUAAGAAGAAGCUUGAUGGUUAAAAUGUGCUGACAGUUAUUGGCUAAAUUCCUUUACUGAUAUUUAACUUUUACUGCAGCAGGAGCCAUAUGAUAAAUUGGUGAUAAAUUUCUUUCCCCUGAAGAAGGAUCUCUAAAAAAAAAAUAGAAAUUGAUGUCAAAACUCACUGAAAGACAGAAUGGAGUGGUGGAAGAAGAAAAUGAAAAAUUGCAUAUAAUUGAUUAUUACUCUGUUUAAAAAUAACUUUAGAGACAACAUUUUAGAAGAAGUAUUUUCUUCAGCUCCUUUUUGUCAACUACAGAGAAAUCUGGUUCUCAGUUUUCCUCUAAUUGAAUAGUGCCUUAAUGCAUUCAUGAUUAUAAAAAUUGUGUAUGGUAUUUGCUUGAGGUUUACUGUCCUUUGAAAAUUUGCUGGCAUCUCAUUUGAUAUUCAUGAGAACAGAGAUUAUAUUUUGAUAUUAAUCCUAACUUGAUAUUGACUUUGUGAGAAUGUAACAACUGAAUGCUGUACAAAAUACUUCUUAAUCGAAUACUAACUAUUAAUCUGUUAUAGACUGCAUAAAUAUGUGAUAUUAAAUUUUCAAUAUGUAUAUGUUAAAUCUCUACAACAUACGGUUCUCACCAUUCUUCAUUUGGGUAAUAUAUGAAUUCUUUCAUAA